AUGAUUCGUUCUGUGAUCCCCCUUAUCCUUUCACUCGGUUCACUGGUCGCCGCCAUCCAAAUCACCAGUCCUGCGGCCAACUCGACCUACGCAGCCGGGUCCACCAUCACCGUCAAGUGGACCAGCGUCGAUACCGAUCCCGCCAACCUCAGUCUUUAUCUUUGGAACUUUGUGUCUUGGCCUCCAUCUUAUGUUCCCCUCGCUACGGAUGUCGCUACCUCCGAUCUUUCUUACUCUGUCCAAAUUCCCUGCGACACCAACCCCGAAUGGGGCUACCAAAUCAGCGGCAUCAAUGGCACAAAUGUCUACAUCAUCUACGCCCAGGGUGACAAGUUCACUGUCUCUGGCCCUGUCAACGGCAGCGCCUGUGUCGAUCCUGCUCCGUUGCCGACAACUUCCACCUGCCCUAACGCUGCGGUGUCUACCGUUUAUGUCACGGUGAGCCCUACUGGCCCCAGCUCCCGUCAUCUCCAUCAUUCCCAUCAUUCCUCCCAUGUCCAUCCUUCUCCUUCAUCCAGCACCACCAGCACCUCUACCUCCGAAUAUGUGAAGCCCGGAAAUGUGCCUAAGACUAUUGGUUGGUGCUCAGACUAUUCCCACCCUGUGACGUUGGACCAUGUUCCUACCCCGACUCUGCCAGUGUCCAGCAAUGGAAAUGGAUCCGAUAUUUCGCCGGUGGUUACUGCGGUGCCGGACCAGGUGACCAGUGCUCGCGUUAAAACUAUCACGACUACUGUGAGUGUAGUGGUUUGCCCGAAGGACAAUGCGCUUUGA